AUGUCUCUACUUCGAUCGUCCAUCUGCCGGGCCUGCAGGCGCUCUUCACCGCUGAGGGUGCACAGAGGCUUUGCAACGGCCAGCCGCCCUCAGACGUCAUCCGACAGCCGAGUCAGGAUCGUCGAAGUCGGCCCGCGAGAUGGACUGCAGAACGAGAAAAGGGCCAUUUCGCUGGCGACCAAGAUUGAGCUGAUUGAGCGAUUGGCCAAGACGGGAUUGACGACGAUUGAAGCCGGCUCCUUUGUAGCGCCGAAAUGGGUGCCACAGAUGGCCAACUCGAGCGAGAUCAUGGAGCACAUCCUACAACAGAAGAUUGACGCACCCGUUCCCAUCACCUACUCCUUCCUCGCGCCGAAUACAAAGGGCUUCCACAGUGCGGAAGCGCUGUUGAAACAGAACCCCGGCAGGUUUGCUACACUACUGGAGCCCGAUGUGAAGAAGCCGGCGGUGGAGGUGGCCGUCUUUGCUGCUGCCACGGAGAGCUUCUCGCAGAAGAACCUCAACUGCGACAUCAAGACGUCGCUAGACCGAUUCAAGGCUGUCAUCCAGGACUCCAAGGCCCUGGGACUCCGUGUUCGAGCCUACAUCUCCGUGGUACUGGGCUGUCCGUUUGAGGGCUUCGAUGUUGACCCCCACAAGGUGGCUGAGAUCGCCACUGACCUGCUGGAGUCUGGAGCCGACGAGAUUUCGCUCGGCGACACCACUGGCAUGGGCACCGCUCCCCGGACGAGCGCACUGCUCAAGUGCAUGAGCGCGGCGGGCAUCCGCACAGAGGACAUUGCGAUGCACUUUCACGACACGUAUGGACAGGCGCUGGUCAACACGGCCGUGUCACUAGAGCAUGGGAUCCGGACGUUUGACAGCAGCGUGGGCGGGCUCGGUGGGUGUCCUUACAGCCCCGGAGCGACGGGCAACGUGGCGACGGAGAACAUGGUUUACUUUAUGGAGAGUUUGGGCAUGGAGACGGGCGUUGACUUGGAUGCCAUGGCGGAUAUUGGAGCGUGGAUUACGCAGGAAUUAGGCAAGCCGAAUGACAGCUCGGUGGGAAAGGCGGUGCUGGGGGCGAGGUCAAGGAAGGGGGCCGAGGCUGCUGCGGCUGCUGAGAAGGUAUAG